AUGUCUCACUUUGACUUUAUCGUGGUUGGGAGUGGACCAUCUGGCAGUGCCAUUGCCGCUGGAUUGGCAAACGCAGCCCAGCGCCCCAGCGUUCUCCUCCUCGAAGCCGGCUCCAAGAACGAAGAUCGCAGCCUACGCGUUGACGGCAAGCGAUGGUUGACCUUUCAGAACCAAGACAUGAACUGGGGCUACAAGACGACGCCCCAGGAGGACUGCAACAACCGGGAGAUCGACUACAGCCGCGGACGAUGCGUGGGCGGAUCCAGCGCCAUCAACUUUGGCGUGUACAGCGUGGGCGCGCGCGAUGACUACGAGGAAUGGGCUCGCAUUGCGGGCGACGACAGCUACAAGUGGACCAACAUCCAGGCGCGACUGAAGGCGCUGGAGACCUUCCACGGGGAGAUUCCUGCUGGGCUGGAUGCAAAAUACGCGGCUCCCAAGGCGGAAGACCAUGGCUCGUCGGGCCCUUUGCAUGUGGGCUUCUCGAAGGAGUGGGAGAGAGAUCUGCCUCCGUUGCUGGAUGUGUUUGAGGAGGCUGGCUUCCCUCUCAACCCGGACCACAACUCGGGCAAUCCCAUUGGCAUGUCGGUGUUGAUCAACUCGUCGUUCAAGGGCCUGCGGUCGACGGCGGCCGAUCUGGUGGCUGCGCCAUUGGAUAACCUCACCAUCGUGGCAGAUGCCCCUGUGCAGCGCAUCAUCCUGGAGGGCAAGAAGGCCGUUGGUGUUGAGUCUAAUGGAAAGCAGUACCUCGCCUCCAAAGAAGUCAUUCUGUCCGCUGGCUCGCUGAAUGACCCCCGUAUCCUCAUGCACUCUGGUAUCGGCCCUGCCGACCAGCUGGAGAAGUUCAACAUCCCUCUCGUGCACUCCUCCCCAGCCAUCGGUCAGGGUCUGCGUGACCACUGCUUCUGCCCCCUCGUCACGACCCGCAACGAGGGCAGCAACGACCGCAAGGCCUUCUACGGCGACAAGCAAGCGAUGGAAACCGCCCUGAAACAAUGGGAAGAAGAAGGCAGCGGGCCGUGGUCGAAAUUCGCUUGCGAGCUGGGCAUCGGCUGGUUCAAACUCGACAAACUCACUGCAUCGCAAGAAUUCAAAGACCUCCCCGCCGACGAGCAGAAAUACCUCCUCCAAGAGACCGUCCCCCACUACGAGAUCCUCACCCACUUCCCCGUCCACUGGUUCAUCCCAGACUUCCCCGACGACGCCCUCAACUACUCCUGCCUGCUCGUCUUCUUCUUCAACGCCCAAACCCGCGGCGAAGUCACCCUGCAGUCGGCCGAUCCCAACGCCCCUCUCCGCUUUGACCCCAAGUUCCUCGCGCACCCCUACGACCGUCGCGCUGCCAUCGAAGCCCUCCGCGACUCGUUCCGCAUCGCCAAACACGAGUCCUAUACCAAGGACAACGUGGCGCAGCUGGCCGGGCCCAAGUCCGACUCGGACGAGGAUCUGCUCGAGUACUGGCGCCAGAACAUUUCUUCCAGCUGGCACAUGACUGGUACGGUCAAGAUGGGCAAGGUGGGCGAUGCCGAUGCUGCCGUCGACCCUGACUUCCGUCUGAUCGGUAUUGAGAAUCUGCGUGUGGCUGAUAUGGCGGCUGUUCCUGUGCUGGUCAACUGCCACGUCCAGGCUGUGGCGUAUGUUACCGGUGCUACUUGUGCGGAGAAGCUGAUUAAGGAGUACAAGCUUAACUGA